GAUUGCAAAUACGGAAAUACAGUGAGAGCAUCCGCGUCGUUAUAUUUACCUUUCAUCUCAGGCAGUUUAAGAGUUUGUGAUUAAAAGGAGACUGUGCACAAAGCAAGUAUUUUUUCCCCCGCUCUAUGGAUUUGUUGUCGCUUCUGUCAUGGGCCUGCAUCGUGUUCACAGUCGGGAUGUUCUCGACUGGACUGACCGACCUGAAAAAGAUGCGAGAAUCCAAAAGUACAGACAAUAUCCAGUUUCUCCCUUUCCUCACCACGUGCCUCAAUAACCUUGGUUGGAUGUAUUAUGGGAUUCUGAAGAGAGAUCAGACGAUUAUCCUGGUCAACAUCAUCGGUGCUCUUCUCCAGAUACUUUACAUCAUCAUGUACUUCCGCUACACGAAGCAGAGGAGGUUAGUGUCCUCCCAGACCCUCACAGCAGGGAUUGUACUGAUCUGCGGUUGGCUCUACUUCACCAUGUUUCUUACUGAUGGAGACAUUCGUCUCAGCCAGCUGGGACUCACCUGCAGCGUGGUCACCGUCAGCAUGUACCUGUCACCGCUCACCGACCUGGUAGAGAUUGUGCGUAGUGGUAACGUGCAGUGCUUGUCCUUCCCUCUGACUGUAGCCACCUUCUUCACUUCAACCUCCUGGGUCUUCUACGGCCUUCAGCUGAGCGACUACUAUAUUGUGGUUCCAAACACACCUGGUAUUUUCACUAGCCUCAUCAGAUUUUAUCUAUUUUGGAAAUUUGCGUCAGUCAAUCAAGGUUCGCCUUCCUACAAACCCGUGCACAUAUGAUGUUGACAGUUGAAAAAUUCAUCUUCACGGAUGGACGGUUGGCAACAAAGCUUUAGAGUUACAUGUUGGAACAAACUCACCGAGUGACUCGACGUGUAAAGUGUUUUGUUUACUUUUUGGGGGGGAAGAAUAAUGAGGACUUUUACUCAGCUGAGAGUAAAUUUCAUGAUGUCUUUAAUAUGAUUCAACUGUUACUGUUCUGCGGAUAGUUGUUAGACAUGUAACCACGUGUCUCUCUGUGUGUCUCUAAGUGCCUUCUUUUAGGUAAUGUUUGCCAUUAAAGAUUUAUGUGAAUUUUUAGAGGUUAAAAACGUAUAUAUUGUACAGUGGUUAGCACUGUUGCCUCACAGCAGAAAGGUGCUGGUUUGGAUGCACUGGCAAGCUGGGGCCUUUCUUGUGGAGUUGAUCUUUGGGUGCUCUGGCCUGUUUCCUUCCACAGUCCAGAGAUGCACUCAUUUGUUUAACCGGGGAUUCUAAAUUGGCGAUAGUUGUGAAUGUGAGGGUAACUGGUUGUUGGUUUCUCUGUUUAGUGGGAUUUAUACCUCUGAUUUAAAUCUACUCCAUAACGUCAUAAUCAGAAACUCUUCUUAAACCCUGCACCCUAACCAAUGUGCACCUCCCUAGAAAUGUAAUGUAAAAUGUAAUGCCAGUUAGUGAACCAACUGGAAGAGAAUGGAUAAGCUCAAAACUAAAAGUUCACUGCCAACUAGUGUAUUGGAGGUGAAAUUGCAGACUUCUGCGGGCACACUACACAGAAGUACGAAUGCUAACAGCAGCGUUAGCCAAUUGCUUAGGCUAUGCUGUUUUAUGUUUUAGACUCGGAAGUAUAAAUUAAGCUUUUUCCCUGCGAUAGACUGGCGACCUCUUCAGGGUGUACCUCAUCUCUCACAUAUGACAGUCUCCAGCUUCCCUGAAAGCCUGAAUAGAUAUAUAACAGCACAUGCAGUUUGUUACAGUUAUAUUAAAAAAAGGGAAAAUAUUGUAAAGGAAGAAAUUUAUGUCCAUUUUCUGCUGGACAAACAAUGUGUUUUAUUAUUAAAUAAUGAAAGGUGCCAUAUCAAUAAAACUUU